AUGCCCUCCUCCCACUCUCCUGAUAUCUCCAACCAAUUCUCCUUCACCUGGUUAAGCUCUGAUGAGUUACAAAAAAUUCCUCUCAUCACCGUGAUCAGAGAGGGUAAAUAUGGGUUGAUUUACCUUGCUGUGUAUAACAAGGAAUUGGCAGUUAUGAAAAUGUAUAUCAAGGAAAACCAAGAAUGCUUCCUCAACGAGAUGGCAGCACACAUAUCUCUGAAUGGAAUUGCAGGAGCACCCCGUCUAUACGCAGCGUGUCCUGAGGCCUAUGCUCUUCUGCUGGAGUACACAGGGAUACCCUUGGAGGACUAUUUUAGCUGCUGCACACUAAGAAAAAAACUUGAAGUGCUUAUAAAAAUUGCCGAACGGCUUGGUGAAUUACAUAAAAAAAACAUUAUCCACAAUAAUUUAAAACCACAUAGUAUAACCCUGACCUUCCAGGGGGAAGAGCCCAUCAUCCACCUUAUUGAUUACAGGGUGGCCUCGGAGACAGGGUGUUUGGAGAAAGGGAACUCCCUGCGCCGCUGUAAAAAUCCGGGCUACUGGUUGGCGCCAGAAUUCGGUAAGGGCGGUGUUCCCUCUCCCACUACCGAUACAUAUUCUUUUGCACACUUGGUGAUUGACGUUAAAAACCAAAUAUUUCAUCCCCUCCUCCAGGAGUGCCUCCGAAUGGUUGCAGGUGCCACGUGCGGGUUAAACCCCCUCCACCGCGCCCCAUUGCCUGAAGUCAUCGGCCUAAUUCGUUCGUUCUUGCCUUUAUCUGAUUGA